CAAUGGACGGCGCUCUGGUCUUCGUGUACGGCACACUGAAGGCGGGGGAGCCGAACCACCGCCUGCUGAUGGAUGAGCAGACGGGUCUGGCUCGUCUAGUGGCACCAGCCGUCACCGAGCGGCGCCUCCCACUGGUUAUCGCCUCCAGGUACAACAUCCCGUACCUCGUGGACGCGCCGGGCCAGGGCCACCGCGUGCGCGGCGAACUGUACGCGGUCGACGUCGCCAAGCUGGCUUGGCUGGACCGGUUCGAAGGCGUGCCGAGACACUACGAGCGGUGUGCCGAGUCCGUGGUACGGUUGGACGCCGCGGGCGGCGCCACCGUCGCCGCUCAGGCCUACCUGCUGCGCAAGCCCAAGCCGUUCAUGCUGCGGCUGCCCGUGAUGGAGGAGUACUCGUCCCGCGGCCCGCACGGCCUCGAGUACCGCAGCGACGAGAGCCUCAGCGGCGCCAGCGAUAUCGAGGAGGUGGCGGGGUAAGGCCAGCUGCAACGUUUGAAGCCAGACCAGAAGCCCGGUCGCUUGGAGACGAUGAGAUGACAUUCAGUUUUUUUUUCUUCAGGGAACAGGCCACCGACCGAUGACUGAUUACUUCAUUACUUGGCGCGUUUUCUGCACUAUCCUGAUUCAUAUCACCCGAAGAGCCUCACAUAUUCAUAUUUCACUAUGUUUGGCUGGUAAAUAUUGAAUGUGUGUGUGUG